GCGCGCUGCUGCCUCUGCUGCUGCUGCUGCUGCCUCCGCUGCCGUCAGUCAGGCUCCGCCUGGUUCUUCAUCGCCCAUUUCCCUCUAAACCAUCGCCGCUGCUACAUCCUGCUGCGGGCUCGGAUCUUGCCAGGAAAAUGUCUGAUGAAUUUUCGUUGGCAGAUGCACUACCUGAACACUCCCCUGCCAAAACCCCUGCUGUGAGCAAUACCAAACCUGGUCAACCUCCUCAAGGCUGGCCAGGUUCCAACCCUUGGAAUAACCCAAGUGCUCCACCUUCUGUGCCAUCUGGACUCCCACCAAGUGCAACACCCUCCACUGUGCCUUUUGGACCAGCACCAACAGGAAUGUAUCCCUCCGUGCCUCCCACCGGACCACCUCCAGGACCCCCAGCACCCUUUCCUCCUUCUGGACCAUCAUGUCCCCCACCUGGUGGUCCUUAUCCAGCCCCAUCUGUGCCAGGCCCUGGCCCCACAGGGCCCUAUCCUACACCAAAUAUGCCCUUUCCAGAGCUACCUAGACCAUAUGGUGCACCCACAGAUCCAUCUGCAGCUGGUCCUUUAGGUCCAUGGGGAUCCAUGUCUUCUGGACCUUGGGCACCAGGAAUGGGAGGGCAGUAUCCUACUCCUAAUAUGCCAUAUCCAUCUCCAGGGCCAUAUCCCACUCCUCCUCCUCCCCAGGCACCAGGGGCAGCACCACCUGUUCCAUGGGGCACUGUGCCACCAGGAGCCUGGGGACCACCAGCACCAUAUCCUGCCCCUGCAGGAUCAUAUCCCACACCAGGACUCUAUCCUACUCCCAAUAAUCCUUUUCAAGUGCCUUCAGGACCUUCUGGUGCUCCGCCAAUGCCUGGUGGCCCCCAUUCUUACCAUUAAGUUAACAGUGGAUGAAGAGAUGGCGCUUUGCUUUUUGAAGUACAUAUAUAUGCAAAUGAAUGCAUAUAUAAAAAUUGCUGGUUUCACUAUUCUUAGAGGGCAUUCAUGAAAGAACAACUCUUGCACCUCUCAGAAGAUAUCUGCCUCUUGGAUGUGUAGUACAAAACAUAGAAGAUAAAAACAUAGAAGUAAAUCAUUCAGGUGUGAUUUUAUUUGGUUUUCAUGGGGGGAAAACGAUUAAAUUGAAUAGCUCUUUGAUACAAUUUGUUUAAAUUAUGAAACUACACAUUUAAAAAUCUAAGAUGAUAUGGAUUAUUGUUAAAAUAUUUUGCCAAUGAAGUUGCAGAUUUUAAGUAUUUUUCUAUAAUCACUCCCCUCCCCCAAAUAAACUUCAAAAACAGUCACAUUAUAAUUUAAACAAAUGAUGCCUCUGAACAUUUUGAGCUGCUCUCCUAUGUGAUAAAUAAACCUGGUCCUCUUAUGGUUUUAUUUUGGAUACACCUUUUUUUAAACUAAUUACUAUCAGAUGUUCAUUAUCCAGCCAGUGUUCAUUUUUAUUCUCAGAUUUUUAGUAAAAAACUUAGAUUUGUUUUAUUUUUGCCAUAUGGAUUAUAUAGCUCAGCUCUAAAAUCUGCCAUUUAUGAAAAAUUAGUCUUAUUUUGCAGUGCUGGGAACAGAACCUAGGGCCUCACACAUGCUAGAUUGCCACUAAGCUACACCCAUAGCCCUAACUUUUUUCUUUUUAAUCCAUUCAGAGAACGGAUAUCUGUUUGUAUUACUUUAGAAUGGAUUGUAAGAUAUGCAUAUUGCUUUGGGAAGAGCUCAAGGAAAGAAUUGUUUUGUUUUAAACCUCAAACUAGAUAAACCCUAGAAAUUGCUUCAUUUCCAUGAAACCAGAGGUUUAUUUUCUGCCCAGACCAUUCCCUGAAGUCACCCUCCACCCCCCAGUUCUUUAGAGGGAACACAUCUUUUGAUGACUCCCUUAUAUAGAAUACUAGCACACAAUGUGGGAUUUGUUAUCAGAAUAUACAGCAGUUAUGUUUGGAGAACUUUAUAAGUCGUACAGACAUGACUGUUCUCUUUGUACAAGUGUGAAUCAAAAAUGUUUCUGUCUUUCAGAGUCUGGUUAAGCUAUGUCAUUGUCUCCUGCAUAGUUUCCUGAAUCUGUAAAGUAUUUAUGGCUGUUAAGUUCUGUAUUUGUUGACAGGCAGAUAAGUGGAAUUGAGUACCAUCUUUGAAAACAUUAUCUUCUACAGUGAAAAUAAUAAAUUGUAGCUCUCUGCAACUGAGUUUAAAGCAGUGUGACUAUGUUGUUAAAUAUUGAGUAUUGUUUAUAACUACCAAAACAGCUUUGGUUGCUUUUUGGCACCUUGCCUUUAAAUCAGUCUUAGAUUUGGGGUAGAUCUGAUCUUAUUUAUCAAUAAUGAUUUGAAAAUUUGAAUGUAUCCAUUGGGUUACUAAAAUGUGUUGUGGAUUUCUCAGAUGAUUGUAGAAAACAUUUAUGCUGGAGCUGUUUUUUCUUUGAAAUAAAAUAUUCAGGAGUUUAUUUCUCCAGUAAUUAAAAUGUCAAGAAUGCCUAGUGCUGCCAGUUUAAUGAUUUGAUAGCUACCUCCUUUUAAGAAAAGAAUAUGGUCACCUUUGAGAGGAACAUCAGCAUUUAAACGUCCCUUAUUUUAAGCAGGUGAUAGAUUCAAGCUUUCAGAAUUGGCAAAGGUAGAAACUAAUUUAUUUAAGUAUCUUCAGACUGGGAAAGGUUCUUAGCUCUUACAUAGUGGCAAAAGUAUUCUUUUGUUGUUGUUCUUUCAGUUCUUUUUAAGAACAGGUAGUAACUGUAUCUACCAUACUCUAAGGACUCUAGUCAAAGUAGUCUCCAGUCUGCAAAACAGGUAACUUUAUGUAUCAUAGUUUAAAUUUAUCAGUAUUAAGCUGUCAUUUAACUGGAAGGAUAAGAUAGGAAAAUGAGAAAGCAAAGAUACCUCUAUUUAUAGUUAUUGUGACUGUCCUAAAUUGAGAUAACUCUAGCUUUAGAUGAAAUAUUUAACAUAACACCACUAAAAGAGGUAGCAAGUGUGGAGAUCUAUAAUUGUGGAGUCCAUUUAUUAUGGGAAAAAAUAUUUUACUAAACAAUUUGAAGGGCUAUAAGGCCAAGAUUUGAAAUUAUUACUCCUAAAAGUAUUUAAUACUCCUAAAAGUAUUUGCCAGUGACCCAGACUGCCAUUUUAACUUUUUUUUCCCCCAAGAACCUUACGACUGGUACUUGUAUCUUUGUAGAGCUCAUUUCUCUAAUUGUCUAGGGUUUGCAGUGGGGAUGUCUCAAUUCUUAUGAGUACUCUGGGCUAAAAGAUACUAGGUUUAGGGUGGAAAUAAGAAAAGCAAAAGUUUCAGUGAACAGAUGAGGAAAAGCAUAUGGGAAGGGUUUUACUCUUUGUAGGGGAGUAAUGCUUUUCAAACAAGUUAUGCCAAGUGUGAUGGCACAUAACUGUAACCCCAGUGACUCAGGAGGCUGAGGCAGGGCAUCACAAGUUUGAAGCCAGCCUCAGCAACUUAAACCCUAUCUCAAAAAGGGCUGGGGAUGUAGCUCAAUGGUCAAGGACCCUGGGUUCAAUCCUCAGUACCAAAAAUAAAUAAAACAAGUCAGGCUAGGCUGAGGUUGGUUUAUGGAAGGACAUUGCCAAGCAUAUUUGGUCUUAAGGGAUACACACUAUCAAAUAUGCUUACAUUUGGGCUUCAAACAAGAAUUUCUAAAUAAAUUUGAUAAAAAUAAUUACAAUAUGUUCAUAAACAAUGGUGUUCUGGAGUUGGAAUCUUUUUCAAGUUUUAAAAUGCCAAACCCACAAAUAAUGAAAAAUGGAAACCUAGACCGUAGAUCCUUAUUCACAGAGUUGUUAAAAAUUCAGUGCUCCUUAAAGGAGGACUUCAUCCAGGCAUGGUGUCACAUUUUUGUAGUAGGAGAAUCACAAGUUCAAAGCCAUCCUAAGCAAAACAUAAAAGGGGCAGGGGAUAUGGCUCAGUGGUUAAGUGCCCCUGGAUUCAGUCCCCAGUACCUAAUAAUAAAUAAAGGACGACUUACAAAUACUUGGGCUUCUCCAGGUCUUACCUGCCACCUUUUCAUGCUUUUGAAGAUGCUAUUUACAGCUCUCAUUUAUUGUGUAAAGUAAUAUAUUGGUUAUUCAGGAAUAAACAUUUUUUAAUUAACCAAGGACCAUCUUCCUUAUUUCUCCAUUUUGCUAUUGUUUGUUUUCAGUAGAGAAUAAUAGUUCAGAAAAGAAAAGGGCCUGAGUCACAACUACAAUGAAAUAUUUUCUAGAAAUCAUUUGCCCAUGAUAUAUAUUACCUCACAAAUAAUUAAUUAGGGCUGCCUUUUGACUUCAAAUAUACAGUUUUUAAACUUGGUAUAGGUGAAAAUAGCUCUACUUAAAGUUUCCAUUAAAAGACUGGUUUGCAUAUUAGUCCUUGCCUGCACUUCUAACAGUUAGUGCCACUGUUUUCCUCACCCCGAGUGAGGUAGAACCAGCUUCAUGAAAUGCCAGGUUAUAAAUUCCAGAAGUUAAGCACAGACUUUCAAGUAUUACCAUUAAUUUGAAAAGCAUAAGGCUAAACUCAGAAGAAUCAUUAAUAAAAUGCUUAGAAAAUGGUGGGCAUCCUUCAAGGGAAGACUAUAAUCUUAGUAAAGCAAUAUUAUCAAAAGACACUGUUCUUUUUAUUUUCAGAAUUCUGUCAAGGGAAACACUGCCAAUAAAAUAAUCAGUAUUAAAAUGCCAUGCAGACUUCUGGCUAUAGAAAACAUGUGAGGUCUGUGUUCAUUCAAUAAUCACAUAUUGUGAUCAGGUGCUAUGCCAGAGGUCAGAGAAAGCAAAUCCCUAUCCUUGAGGGGCUCCUAGUCUAGGGAUGACUUUACGUAAUUCAUUAGUACACCUAUUAUUAGUUACCCAUUAUAUUUUAGAAGAGCUGCUAGUAGAAAUUACAAACCAGUUUUGGAGCAUUUUAAAGGGCGGUGUGUGAUGCCCUUUUUUCUUUCUUAUUUUUUUUUUUUUUAAGUAAGAAAAUAUGUUUCAAGAAGUUAGUGUUGAUCAGUGCAGCUAUUCAAGUGUACAAAGUAAUAGGGUGUUUUUCCCUCUCACACUGCCCCUGGUUAAAGGUACUUUGACUGCCCAUCAUUGAUAAGCAGGUACAGAUUUGUUGCCAUUAAGCAAACUUGAUUUAUGUGUGCUCUACAAAGGUUUUUUGUAACUUCUUAAAAUUGUGAUUUUUCUUCAUUGACUUAAUGACAAACUUAAUGUAUGUAAUUGUCUAUGCAUUUUAAGUUAAACUGCCUAAAAUGUGAUUUAAGACAUAUACAUUUGUUUGUAUUAUGAACUGUAAGCAAUCUGAGAUGUUAGGUUUUAUCACCUGCUGCUGUAUCUGUAAACAAAGAAAUGUUGCUUUAAGAAGUAAUUAUAAUUAGGAAUAGGCUAUGGAUGUGAUACUUGAUAUUUUUUAAGAUAAACUUGUUUGCUUUUGUGUAUUAUACCUGAAAGCUUUUUUUAAAAAAUGUAUUUUCAUGGUU